CACAGCCUUUCUGUUCGGCGCGUCACGGUUUGGUCGCACCUACUGGGAUCUCUUAUCGCAUACGACGCUUCUUCAUGAUGUGGAAUUGUAUGGUGUUCGGCGUCAAUAUUGAUUCCUAGCUUGGCUCUGGGUAGGGCAUUGACGCUGUGGAUCACAGAUGAGAAUCGGUGGGUUUCAUGUGGCAUUUUCCGAAGGUAUUUCUCUUGAGGAUACAGCUGUUCUGUUGCAGGUCAACAGAUUGCCCAGACCAUGAUAUGUCCUUAGUGCAAUUCAGAGCAAAUAUGAUCAUCUUACAAGAGCAACACCGGCGAAAGCGAGAACUCUCCAUUCACUCAAUGAUGCACCCAUUUAGGAAUACUCCGCAGCAUGGGAGAUCGCAUUCAGAUGUAACACGACUUGAGUGGGACAGCAGCCCAGACAGCCAACCCCUUGCCUGUUGCCUGCAUUGACUGAUUGAUAGUCCCCCCCCUCCCAUCCAUCUGCCGUGAUUGACCGCCUAGAUGUGGACGAUUACCAAAAGCUUCAAAAUUCGUCCG